UUCUAUGACUAAUCAUAUCACAUCCUUGUUUCUUAUAAGCAUAAGAAUGCAAUCAUUCCGUUUUUGCCACAUGGUAAAGAGUCAUUUUUUUUGCCACAGGCAAAAAAGAUAAAGAUAGCAGUUUCUUGGUAAUUUUAUGCAAACUACUCUGAACAAUGCAAGUCAAGUCAAGUCAAGUCAGGUUUGUUAACAUGCCUCAUCAUUCAAGUGUGAUUUUUUUUUUAUCACAUGCACACGAAUAGUUUACCCCCAAAAUGAAAGUGCUGUCAUUACUUAGUGUACUCACCCUAAUCUCUUUCAUAGAAAACACAAAUAGGUUAAUGUUCAGGGGCGAAUCUAGGAUUUCAGAGGGCCGAGGUGGAGCCAGAGGGAUGAAGGUGGAGCCAGAGGGACGAGGGACCAAUGUUGAGCCAGAGGGAAAGGCACCAAGGUGGAGCCAAUGGGUCAGAGGGCCAAGGUGGAGCCAGAGGGACGAAGGUACAGCCAAUCGGUCAGAGGGCUGAGGUCUAGCCAGAGGGACCACGAUGGAGCCCGAGGGACGGGGGACCAAGCUGGAGCCAAUGGGUCAUAGGGCUGAAUUGGAGCCAGAGGGAUGAGGGACCAAGAUUGAGCCAGAGGGAAAGGCACCAAGGUGGAGCCAAUGGGUCAGAGGGCCAAGGUGGAGCCAGAGGGACGAGGGACCAAGAUUGAGCCAGAGGGAAAGGCACCAAGGUGGAGCCAAUGGGUCAGAGGGCCAAGGUGGAGCCAGAGGGACGAGGGACCAAGAUUGAGCCAGAGGGAAAGGCACCAAGGUGGAGCCAAUGGGUCAGAGGGCCAAGGUGGAGCCAGAGGGACGAGGGACCAAGGUUGAGCCAGAGGGAAAGGCACCAAGGUGCAGCCAAUGGGUCAGAGGGCCAAGGUGGAGCCAGAGGGAUGAGUGACCAAGGUUGAGCCAGAGGGAAAAGCACCAAGGUGGAGCCAGAGGGACGAGGGACCAAGGUGGAGCCAGAGGGACGAGGGACCAAGGUGGAGCCAGAGGAAAAUGCACCAAAGUGGAGCCAAUGGGUCAGAGGGCCAAGGUGGAGCCAGAGGGACGAGGGACCAAGUUGGAGCCAGAGGGAAAGGCACCAAGGUGGAGCCAAUGGGUCAGAGGGCCAAGGUGGAGCCAGAGGGACGAGGGACCAAGUUGGAGCCAAUGGGUCAGACGGCCGAAGUGGAGCUAGAGGGACAAGGGACCAGCACAAGCAGCACAAACCAACCUUAACAUUAAAGACACCAGAAACCAAACUAAACUGAACAGAGGGUUUUCACAGAGACUGAACAAGAUGAUUAAUUAGACAUAGUGUGUUUAGGUGUGGGAUUCACAUGAGUAAGCAGUCGUACCGAAGACGGCCUGAAGUCAGUUGACACCCGAAGCUGAUCACGCGUACAGUGUCACACAGAAUCAACACUGACAGGAGCUGAGAGCCUUGUCACACUUCAGUUUUACUUUCCCCACAAUGGCUUCAUUGAACACCUGGAACAUCUCCUUGGACAUCAACAACAGCUAUUUCAAGUCCAACUUCUCCGAAUUAGAGGACACACAACCCACGGGGAAGAACUGGGUAUCUCUGGUCAUUCUGGCCAUCAUAUUUUUCACUGUUGCUGGGAAUAUACUGGUGAUUAUGGCGGUGUCCAUCGAAAGCAAGCUUCACAACGCCACCAACUACUUCUUGUGCUCACUGGCCGUAGCAGACAUGCUGGUGGGAUUCCUGGUUAUGCCAGCCUCACUUAUCACUAUUCUUUACAAUCACACCUGGCCUCUGCCGGACCUGCUGUGCCCCAUGUGGAUCUUCCUCGAUGUGCUCUUCUCCACCGCCUCCAUCAUGCACCUGUGCGCCAUAUCUCUGGACCGCUACAUCGGCAUCCGUGACCCACUCAAAUACGGCCGCAGCAACUCACUUUGCAAGGCCAUGCUCAAAAUAAUCAGUGUUUGGACCAUUUCUAUUGUGUUGUCGCUGCCCAUUCCAGUGAUUGGUUUCCAGGAUAAGGAGAAGGUGUUUGUGAACGGCACCUGCGUGUUGAACGAGCCUCUCUUCGUCCUGGUGGGCUCAUCCGUGGCCUUCUUCGUCCCUCUGGUCAUCAUGGUGGUCUGCUAUUACCUGACUCUCCGGGAUCUCCAGAAACACAGCUCAUCUUUCCCGCUGGAGAGCAAGACAACGGACACGAGUCCGCUCAACAGAGAGUCCUCCUCUAGGAAGUUCAAACUUGUGUUCAGACCUCCACGAGGCCAAGAUAAAAAAGCCAUGAUGCAAAAUAUCAAAAACGAGCAACGAGCCUCCAAAGUCCUGGGGAUCGUCUUCUUCCUCUUCCUGGUCAUGUGGACUCCGUUCUUCAUCACGAACGUGCUGAUCGCUCUCUGCCGGGACGACUGCGGGGAGGUUCUCUAUAAACUCAUUAACUUCUUCGUCUGGGUGGGAUACGUGUCCUCGGGAGUCAAUCCGCUGAUCUACACCCUUUUCAACAAGACGUAUCGCCAAGCCUUCGCUCGCUACCUGCAGUGCAGAUAUCGUGAGGAGAAGAAGGUCCAGUCCAACAGAACCUGCUGACACACGCUCACGACGGAUCAGUGAUAGACAAGGCGGACCUUUAGUUCGCCAUCUCAAAUCAUCUAAUAUGAGGCUGUUUGAUUGUUUGUUGCGAGUUUUAUAAGAUCAGUUUCUCUUUCUUGUGGAACAAAUGUUUCCAACACAAGUAGGGGAUAAACGUGCCUUCGAUUUUAUUCUCCCCUAAACCAUAAAAACUUCCAGCUGCACUUUCAUAAACAAACGCUUUUCAAGAUGCACACAUGGAAAUUAAUCUGAUCCUUGAAAUGACUGUGAAUCAAUAAAGAUUGAUUCUUGAGGUAAUCUGAUCGGCUAAAGAAUGACUAAAAUCGUUGAAAAUAUCUUAAGACAAAUGUCGUCUUAAAGGAGUAGUCCACUUUUGAAAAAACGAGUAAAUUUGAUCAUUUACUCGCCCCCAUGUCAUCCAAG